ACUGCUUUUCACCAGGUGAUUAUAUUCCUCUGUAUUGAAAUAUUUAUUUGGAAAAUAGAACCACAUCAACUCGCAUAACAGAAAGCAGCUCGCAUCAGUUUUAUACUGCAGCUGUAUGUUGAGGAACACGUCUAAAUAAUGCGAGAAGAGCGUGUCGCGCAUGCGCCGCUUAAUGACGCGCGCGAGGGCGGGUGUCACCUGUGCGUCAGUCACCCGACCAGACCACACCAGACCCGACCAGACCCGACCGGCGGAGCACCGAGGAACCGCCGCGCUUCACCCGAAUAUCCCCGUGCGUUUGACGUCAUGCUCCGGUAGGAUCGAUUACCUGCGGCUCUGGAUUAUUGAUGAGGAUGAGGAUGAUGAUGGAGGAUCUGCCGGACUUCAGAGACGUGGAGCACAAGCUGGGCCGCAAAGUUCCGGAGAGUUUGGUUCGUUCACUCGCCGGCGACCCGUUCAGAGGCUCGGAGACGCACGCGCGCGCUGAUGGUCUGCAGACGCUCCACAACAACAUCAGCUUCCUGCGACAACAGAUGGCUCAUCUGCGUGCCAUCGACGUGACACUGAUGCAUCAGCUGCUGUCCAUCAACGAGGGCAUCGAGUCGAUCCGCUGGGUGAUGGAGGAGCGCGGGGGCGGGGCCAGCCGUGAGGGCAGUGUGACGGACAGCUUGUGCAGCCUAUCAGACGGCGCGGAGUCUGAGCGCGGCUCCUGCAGCGACGGGCUCGACGGGAUCUCGCUGGGCAGUUAUCUGGACACGCUCGGGGAGGACGAACCCGAACGCUCCUCGCCCGCAGACCUCUCCAGAACCAGCAUGGAUGAGGAGACGCUCACGAAAUCUCCUCUACGGCCUCGGGUGGAAACCGACGAGUACUACUGCUUCGGAUAGCGCUAACGUGUGCUUGGAUAAAGACAUCUGACCCGAAUCCAAAUGGAAAGCAUAUAAUGUGACCCUGGAGCACAAAACCAGUCAUAAGGGU